AUGCCUGACCUCUUACAACGCCACUACACGGUCCACGGACGAGAUCAGAACAACCAAGAAGGCAUACAGCCAACGAGUCUAAUCCCCAAAUCUGCUGGAAGAACCCCGAUUGCUUGCAGCAAUUGUGCCAAAACCAAGACCAAAUGUGAUAAGAAGUUUCCUUGCAGUCGAUGUGAGAGCCGAAAUCUCCGCUGCACACUGCGUCCAACGCGCCGGGCCUCCAAGAACCUAAAUCGCGCCAUACCUCCGGAAGAGCCGCAGGCAAGCGGGGCCUCGAGCGAGCGCGGAAACAGUAAUAGAGGAUCUCAGAGCGUUUCGGGAGGCAACUCUCCCGUCCGCGAGGUAAAGCCACCAGCAGAUUCACAAGCUGUAACAAACUCCAAGUUGUCACCAGGACAAAGUCAACCAAUCCUCAAUGGACAGGCGCUACCUCAACAACAGCAGCAGCAGCAACAGCAUGCACCCCCAUCUCAAUUACCGCUCUCCACACCUCCCUCGAUGACACAUUCCCGUACUUCGUCAGUAUCUCAGCCCAUGCAACUCCACAUUCCAACACCAGCUGCCUCGGACGGGAAGCCCAAUAUCCACAACCCUCAAGCGACGACCCCGCCCCUGUUUGACCAGUCUCCUACGGCUUCUUUCCCAAUGGCGCCGCAGCAACUCUUAUCUCCGGGGGCACCUCUUAAUGGCUUCAUUUCGCAGACACCCAUGUCCGGUUAUGAGGAGUUUGCACAGACGGUUCGUGAGCCUACCGACCAUGAUUGCAUACCUCCUACGUAUGGUUUUAUGGACCCGUGGUCAAUGCCCGUGGGUAACGAGUUCGAAAAUAUGAGAAUCGAUCCGACGAUGAUGAUGUCCAUGAACAUAGACAUGAACAUGGUCCCACCAACAGAUCCCAUGCUGGGAAUUCUACCCGAAAUGUCACCACCACAAGGCUUUGGACCUGUUCAAACGCCGUUGCAAACGCCGAGGGUGGACGAGUCAUUUUCGGACCUUCAGCUCGGCAGCUCGGCCUCCAUGUUCUACCCAAAUAGCAGGCAAUCCUCCAUCACCGAAGAUCGUGUUCCAGAUCUUGGUGCUAUCGUUGCGGCGCAGGAUGGUUGGACUGUCUUUCGUUGUACGCCACAGAUUUCCUCCAGCCAUUGCCCACGCACCGCAAAACUCAACCUCGAGCGCCUAGAGGACAGUCUCAAAAAUUCGAGUUUAUGGGCAAAAUGGACACCGACGUGGGACGAGUCCGAUUUCCGACUUGGCGAGCCUGUCAGUGUCAUGCCAUUACACGAGGCAACUCGCGAUAAGCUCCUCGCCAUCACGCAAGGCUUUUUGCAUAAGGCUUUGGAAAUCCACAAGGACGGCGCCAGCAGCUCGCCUUCGAGCGGAAGUUCUCCGACUUCAAUAGCAUCGAACUUCAUUCUGCUACCGCCGUGUCGUGUCCUCGAAUGCUUCCUUCGAUCAUAUGCCAACUCUUUCGAGCGCUUCUUUCCCAUGUCUUCUCGUGGCUUGAUCGAGCCCAACGAGCUGAUGACGAACUAUAACGACAAAGCCGCAAGCCUUUUCCUCCUGAUGAUGAUUGCGCAAGGUGCGAUGGCGAUGCCGUUCGCUGAGGCGCGAUGGUUGACAGGUGGAUUGACCGAGGCUUGCCGCAUCUCCUUGUUCGAUCUGAUCGAGAAGAACAUCAUUAUGGCCAGCGACAACAUCGUCCUCAGAGCUGCCCUUCUCUUCACAGUCCAGGCCGCGUGGAGUGGUGAUAAGUGGCAAAUGGACAUCGCCAUGGGCCAGCGUGGUAUGUACUUCGCGAUGCUUAGGCACUCGGGUGUUCUCGAGCCUAGGCAGGCCUCAGAUCUCCACACGAACGGUGCUGCGACUGUAGAUACCAUUUGGCAAGAUUGGCUUUCAAAGGAAAGCGAGAGUCGGUUGGUGUACUCCUGGGCAAUGGUUGACCAAGAUCUUUCCCUAUUCCAUGAUACAGCUCCCUUAUUUGCGGUUACGGAGUUCAAGGCUCCAAUGCCGGAUGCUGACCGGUUAUGGCAAUCGAAGUCAGCGACAGACUGGGCUGAGGUAUUCAACCAUGUCCAUGAAUUCUCUAAUGGUUAUCCCUCAGUUGGUUCGGGCGUCAGACCACUCAGUUUGAGAGAUCUUUUCCGUCACUUCCUUGACGAUACAAUCGUGUCUCAGGAUAUACACCUAACGCCAUUGCAUUUGCGGUUGCUGCUCCAUCCUUUGCAGAGCAUGGUCUGCCAGUACUGCCAGCUGCUAAGCUGCUUCUCCAUGGAGAGUAUCGGGACAAGAAAAGGAUCGCGAGCAGUGACGGCUGCUUCGACCAGGGUUCGUCUUGAAGAAGUGCAAUCUCUUCUUCAGCGUUGGCUCGACCUGACUGAAAGGUACCUUAAGUCGAACCCGAUGUGCCCAAUGCUGCAAGCGAGUAUUGUGAUGUAUCAUUUGAUCAACCUCAAUGCCGUGACUAACUUUCCGGAGAUCGAGCGGCUGGCAAGAAAGGAGAAUGCUGAUCCGAUGUUUCAAUCCACGACUUUCGUCCAGCAGAAGUGCAUCUACGAUGUACACGAAGCGGCCGUCCACUGCGGCCAGGUGCUUCGACUCACCAGAGAUAUGCCUCUAGCCAUCCGGCCACCGUGGUGGCCAGGUGCCAUGUAUCGCGUUGCUCUCAUCCUUUGGGCGCUUGCAGCGAUCCACAAAGAAAUAGUAGCGCCUGUUCAUCAAGCUUCCGCAACCUUCCCCGUGGAGGUUUUACCCGUUGAGCACCCGGCCGUCGUGAGGUAUUUGACGACGAGAGAAGGAACUCCGAUGCUAUCGAGACUGGAUGGGUCGCCAAUGCCAAUUGACGAUCCCUUCCAGGUCGUGCUACAUUGCAUCGAGGUCAUUGGCGCAGGCAUCGCAACGAGAUUCUCUGAUGGUAUUCGAAGCAAGCUUGAGAAGUUUGCUAGGGCUUAG